GGCACAUGCAUUGGUGCACAGUGCAUUGGACCAUCCUGAUUGAACAGACUGCAUUGAGAACCAGGAUCCAGGAUGAAGAAAUCUACCAUAGCUUUCAAUCUGCUUUUCAAGCUCUUGUUUGCCAUCUGGUUGUGCAGCACAUUAGUUUGGUGUCAAAACGGCUUAGGAUCAGGAGAUAGGGCAAGCUCUCUACAAACUAUCACUCCUCCCUCUGCUCCUCCACCAAAUUCAUCUGAUAGUGGUGACACAAAUUUUGAGACUACUAACCCUACACACCUCAAGGCUACGACUGCUGCACCCACACCACGUGAUUCACAAGAUGGUCUUCACACUGACUUGCCUUCCGAAAAUCCAACCUUCCAGUGCUACAAAAAGGCUUAUGGCCUGAAUUCAACUGUGACCACUUGUACUGCCCGCUCUCACGGCUGCUAUGAGACAGAGAGGGACCGAAAUGGCGUAGGGAGAGAUAAUAAAAUGGGUUGCCUCAAAUCUCAAUGCAAGCCGCUUAAGAAGAACUACGUGAUUCGCCAGUGUUGCAACACCUCUCUGUGUAAUGAUUUGGACAAGCGACCGUCUCUCUUUCUUCCGUAUCAACCACCUCCACCAACCCUACCUCCUCUCAGCCCUGUUAUACAGCAAAGUGGCGGCUAUAUUAUAUGUGACAGUCCAACUCACCAAGAAGAAAGUUGCUAUUCUAUGUACGGAUGCUAUACACUUCGGGAUUAUCGAAAUAGAAUGGUCCUGAAUCGGACGUGUAUUGAUAGACCUGACUUUAAGUUCUGUGUGGAGCCUGUUUUGAUUGAUUGGAUGUAUGCUACGUGCUGCUACGACGGCCAUUACUGCAAUGCUGCAAAUAGAGAGAAAAGAUAUAUUCGACACAUGGGCAAUACCACUGAAUUGCCAAGCACAGGUGUAACAAAUGAGGGGAUGUUUUUGUGGUCGGCUGCAUUUCUUCUAUUGAUCGUUGUUGCUCUGGCCAUUAUCCUCUGCACAAUACUAGCCUUCCGUGUUCAAAACUCUGUAACAAGAAACAAGACCUACUCGUGCGAGAGUGCGACGACACUGAAGUGAUUUACUGUAUUGUGAACACUUAGCGGUAUUUACUCAAACUAUAUACUCGCAUCAAUAGCCAUUUCUAUGUAUUUGUGGUUCUAGACUGUUUUUUCUACACUUAUAUAUCUAUGUGUUCUUUACUUAACCCUUUUACUUCA